AUGUCUGGAGCCGGAGACAAUUGGACCUCAGCCCAGCGCCGUUCCCAGCGCACCACUCGCAGUGCUGCCCAGGGUGGUCAAGACUUCUCAGAAGAAAUCGACGAGAACUUGAUGACCACCGAUCCCAACUCCCAGGCCCAGAGAUGGGAAUCCAAGAAGUACGCCCAACGUACCCAUAUAGACGACCAGGCCGAGGCUGGCGGUAUGGGCUCUUCCGGCACCCAGAAUCUGCAGGGUGGACAGGGUAUGAGAGGAGUCGAGGGUUCACGCACUACCGGCGGAGGGAUGGGUGGUAUGCACGACGAGGGACGCACUGAGGCGUAUCCCAGUGCUUCCUCCCAAGGCCGUUACCAGAGUGCUAGAGCCACCGAUGACCCUGGCGAGGGAGUCUCCGGAAUGAGCGGCAAGAGCCAGGGGUACGGUGAUCAGGGGUAUGGAAGCCAUGCUGGUCGUACUCAGCCACCAGAGAACCAGGAGACGGGUGGUGUUCUCGGUUCCCUUGGAGACAAAGUCAAGGGAGCUAUGGGUGAUGUUAGCAAGAAGGCUGCCAAGUUCAGUGGAGAGCAGUAA